AUGAAUAAAAUUGUGGUUCUUUAUGGGACUGAAACCUUCAACUCUUACGAGUAUGCGGUUUUAUUAGCAAAUAGAUUGGAGGCUAACAGUUAUGAAGCGGUAGUUUAUUCCAUGGAUGAUUUUCCAUUGAGGAAGCUAUUGGAAACCAAAAUAAUAAUCUUCGUGGCAUCAACGUUUGGCAAUGGGGAUAAUCCUAAGAAUACUAAAAAGUUCUGGAGAUUUUUACUCCAAAGAAAGUUGCCGAGAAAUGAAUUUUUGGACCACAUUGAAUUUUCCACGUUCGGGUUGGGGGACUCGUCAUACCCUAGAUACAAUUUUUUCAUUAGAAAACUACACUCUAGAUUACGUCAAUUGGGGGCCAAAGAAAUCAGUCCGAGGGGUGAAGGUGAUGAGCAAAGCCCGGAAGGUGUGGAAGCUUUUUAUAAAGAAUGGGAAGAUUCUUUAAUCAACAACAUCAUUACAAAAUAUCCGAUGAUUUCAAAAACCCCGAAGAUGAAUGAGGAUUAUAUUGCUCCUCCGAAAUACAGAGUUGAAGUCGAGACUAAUAGACCUAAAAGAAAAACAGAUGUGAAUAUCCAAGAUGUUUCGAAUACUAGAUUUAUAGGACCCAGUAAUGAUGAUGAAGAAAUUAGACUCGGAGAAGUACAGUGCAAUGAUAGAUUGACUAGUGAAGAUCAUUUUCAAGAUGUUAGACAUUUCACUAUUAAAGACAUAAAUGGGGCCAUUCAAUAUAAUUCCGGUGAUAUCAUUUCGUUAUACCCAUCAAAUAGUGUCGAUGAUGUUAAUCAAUUGCUUGAAAGUCAAGGAUGGGAAGAGAUUGCAGAUUACAAAAUCAAAAUUUCACAAGACACUGAAGAAUACAAGCUUAACAUCGAAGGUGGAUUAGUCCAGCCAUUGACGUUGAGAUCAUUGAUCACUCAUCAUUUAGACAUCAUGUCAAUACCUAGAAGAAGUUUUUUCAUGUCGAUAUACAAGUUUGCUAGUGAUGAGAGAGAACGUGAAAAAUUACAAGAAUUUUCUCAAUUGGAGUUCACUGAGGAUUUGUAUAAUUAUGCUGAUAGGCCAAGAAGAUCGAUCUUGGAAACUGUCACGGAAUUCUUUAGUUUGAAAAUUCCGGUAGCGCAUGUGUUGGAUAUUUUUCCAAUUUUGAGACCUAGAUUGUUUUCUAUUGCAUCUGCACUUUCUAGUUUCCCAGAAAGUAACUCAUUUGACCUUUGUGUGGCAAUUGUGAAAUAUAAGACCCUAUUGAAGAGAAUCAGGAAGGGUGUGUGUACCACUUGGUUGAAAGACUUGGCACCAGGCACGAAAAUACUUUAUUCAAUUAAGAAAAACGACGUGUAUUCAAAGUUUAAAGACGAUAGCCCACUAAUUCUUAUUGGCCCGGGUACUGGUAUUGCCCCUGUUCGCUCAAUUAUCCAAGAUAAGUUAUCCUCGGACACCGCAAUGUGUGUGUUCUCCGGUAACCGCUACAAAAACAAAGACUAUCUCUAUGGAGAAUAUUUUGAAAAAUUGGAGCAGCAGAAUGCUACUACGCUUAAAGUAUUUCCAUCGUUUUCCAGAGACGAUACCUUAUACGAUGGUAAUAAGAAGAUCAAGUAUGUUCAGGAUAUGUUAUACUACAACAAGGAAGUCAUUUAUGAUAUGUUGAUGAAUCGUGAUGGGAUAAUUUAUCUUUGUGGAUCAUCUGGUAAAAUGCCUAUUCAAACCAGAAUUACUAUUGUUCUGAUUAUUGAAGAGUGUGGCAAAAUCUCCAAGCAGGAAGCAGAGAAGGUUUUAUUGGAUUUUGAGAACGAGUACAGAUACUUGCAAGAGACUUGGUGA